CGCUGAUUUGUGACUCGUGGAAGUGGGAGUCCGUUGACAACGUGAGCGAGCGGCGCCGCCCGAGUGAACCACUACCUGCAUCCGGGCGAGCUAUGACCCUCUCUUCUCGUUACUCUCGACUGGUAUUACAAUCCCUGCUGAGUUGCGGAGAAGACCCUAUCUUGCAUGCAGGCCCGAUCCAAGUUAUGCCGGAUUCCCGUCUAAUGAAGAGCCGCCCUUUGACAGGAAGUCUGCCAAUGCCCUGGGUCUAUAAGUAACGGCAUGGCCAGCGAUUACGAGAUCAUUUAUCAACCAAGGUAGUUGACAGCCCUGAUACUCUCAAGCCAUCAACCUGCUGCCUCUUGUUCUUCUGCCAAUAUGCGCGCCUCCAAGAUUGUUGCCGCCUUGGCCGCCGGUCUUGGAGUCAGUGCUGCUCCCAUUGCGGCCCGCGCUGUUAUUUCCCACGAUGCCGUGGUCGGCUUUGCCGAGACGGUUCCCAGUGGCACCCUCGGCAGCGCCUAUCUGAAGUUUAAGCCUUGGCUGAAGGUGGUCAACGGCUGCGUUCCCUUUCCUGCUGUUGACACCGCGGGCAAUACUGGGGGUGGUUUGGACAUAACUGGCGCAUCAAACGGCGACUGCGACUCUAGCACCGGCCAGGUCUACGUCCGCAGCACGGCAGUGGGCUCCUCGUACGCCUUUAUGUACUCCUGGUACAUGCCGAAAGACUCCCCCUCAAGCGGCCUUGGCCACCGCCACGACUGGGAGAGCAUCGUUGUCUGGACCGACACAUCCUACUCCACCAUUCUGGGCGUCGCGACGUCAGCCCAUGGCGAAUACGCCACUACAACCAGCCCGCCCCUUGACGGCACUCGCGCUAAGAUUCAGUACUACAGCACCUGGCCCACCAACCACCAGCUGGGAACUACUGAUACUAAGGGCGGCGAGCAGCCUCUCAUUGCCUGGGAGAGCAUGACGGACGCUGCGAGGACCGUCCUGACAAACACGGACUUUGGGAGUGCGAAUGUGCCGUUUAAGGAUGCGAACUUUCAGAACAACCUCGCUUUGGCUGCUCUAUGAGAUUUUAUUGAUGCAAAUGGUGGAUGAUACAAGAAUUGACAAACUUAAUUAAAUACAUAUAUUCUAAUAACUAUGAUAUCUUCGAAAUUUUAAGAGCAAGACCCUGACAUUUAUU